AUGCAAAACGUGUCCUUGUUGCUCGCUAUCUGCGCUGUCCUUGCGUCAGCGACACCUUCGCCGACCGCGGCUCCGGAUGCAGGUCGAGCAGCCUCGCCGCUGCAUAAACGAAGCCAGUUGGACGCACGAAAUGAUCAAAUAAUUUCGAUUCCACUCGUCCGACGCAGUCGACCCCGCCCAUUCCGCAAGGGCAAGCUCAGCUCCAAGGAAUUGGCCGACAUCGACUAUGUCACAGACGUCGCCGCUCUCCAGGCUUCACGUGAUGCUCUCAUCGAGAAAUAUGCAGAGACUCGUGAUGCAGACGUCGUAAAGCGUCUACAGGAGAAGCGAGAGGCCGAGGAGAGUGCGCUCAAUGGCAAACGCGACAUCAAGACGAUUCAGAUGGCCAAUCAUCAGUUUGAUACGACGUAUUCUGCCGUCGUUUCGUUGGGAACUCCACCAAAGCCAUUCAAUUUAUUAUUGGACACCGGGAGUUCUGGCUCUGUAUCCGGUCGAACUGGAAGUGAUGUCGUCGAGCUGGGUGGUUAUACAAUCAAUGACCAGGUCAUUGGUAUUGUUGAUCAAGCGCAGCGCGCUAUGCCUGGAAGCGUCGAGGGUCUCAUGGGCUUCGCCUUUGGCACAAUUAGCAAGGCGGGGGGAACACCGUGGUGGCUACGAGUCAUCGCUGGGGAUGCCAACGACACUGGUGGGACACCAGAUGGUCGGGUCAUGUCCUUCUGGUUCUCCAGAUAUAUCGAUAGUGCGGAUUCUGCAGAAAUUCAUCCUGGUGGACAGUUCACCAUUGGCGGUACCAACUCGUCUUUGUACACCGGAGACAUCAACUACAUCGACGUGAUCCAGCCAGCGAAGUGGUGGCUCAUUCCAAUCCAAAGCGCUGGUAUUGAAAAUGGCCCUAGCGUCUCGGUGACAGAAGGACGCCAAAAUGCUAUCAUAGACACGGGGACCACACUCGUUGGUGGUGAAGACAUCGUGUUGGACGCAAUUUAUGCUAACAUUACCGGUGCGAUCAAGGGUGGAGAGCUGACUAUUCGCCUCACUGGAUUCUGGACUCUUCCGUGUGACACCACCGCCGUCGUCACUUUGACCUUUGGAGGGGUCACAUACACUUACUCGGCGGUCGACCUCCUAUACCAGCGAAUCGACGAUAUCAAGCCCAACUACUGCCUCUCGAGUCUCUUCGUCUUUUCAUCUGCAGACCCGCACUCGUUGUAUUACACACCCAACGGCUCGCCUUACUGGAUUGUAGGCGAUGCCUUUCUCAAGAAUGUAUAUUCGGUUUAUUCCCUCGGUUCUGGAGGCUCUGGAGACGCUGGAGUUCAAGGAAUGGGAAACAAUGGUGCGACCGCGCAAGUCGGCUUUGCCAAAUUGUCCAACGUCAGUGGAGAAAUUGGCAGUACCGGGAAUACAACGACUACCACGUUGACGGGGACGACAACUACUCGAGGACCACGUCCGGCGUCCACAGAUCUGCCGGUGGGUGUCAUCCCAGACGUCGACACCACUAUUGUCGUCGUUGUUACGGCCACUCCCGACGCGACACAGCCCGCGCCGUCGUCUGCGUUUGCUACUGCAGGCAUCGCAACUUCGUUUGCGCUAGUCUCGACACUUGGCGCAAUGGUCCUCCUCUUCCUAUAG